AUGGGUGAUCAGUUUUCACGGAUCCGCCCGGGUCAGGCGUGGUGGGGCGCGAUUGUGUGGAGUCUUUCCGGAUGGGAGGUGGUCAAGGCCAGAUCAGGUUAUCUCGAGAACCUCACCGUGAACGAAGCGGAGUACAACGGCUUAAUCUUGGGCCUCAACAUGCUGGAGGGUUUAGAUCGCAGACGUCUAGUGAUCUGCGGGGAUUCUAACCUAGUGAUCCGACAAGUACGGGGUGAGAUCGAUUGUAAGGCACCCGGACUGACGCUAUUGAAGCGGAAAGCCCUCGAUCGCCUGAGGAAAUGGAAUGAUCAUGAGUUGGUUUACGUCAAGAGGGACUGGAACGGAAGUGCCGACAGUCUAGCAAGCGCUGCUUUGCAACGACAAGGGGGGAUCGAGGUCCAAGAGACGCCCGGGUACCAGGAUCCGGUUACUCUGAACCGACGAAAUCUUGAUCCCCAAGACCGAGAAUCCAAUGGUUCGAGUUGCCGCGGUGACCACCCGAGCUGGUCGAGCAAGAUCACCGGCGGGGGUCAUGCAAGAAGAGCUGAUCCGGGAGAUCCUCGGAUCAAGCAAGCCCAAGAGGAAGAAGUCUGGAUCGCCGGCAUGAAGAAGUACCUGAGUGGCUCGAUCGCGGAUCUCACCCAAGCGGAAGCAAGAUCGUAUAGCAAGAUCGCGGCUGACUACGAGGUAGAUGAGCAGGAUCUACUCUUUUACUACCCCUCUGCCCCGAGAUCGGGAGACGAUCGCGACCGAUUGAUGAGAUUGGUAGUCCCCGAAACAUUACAGUCGGACGUUUUACACCACUAUCACACCACGUUGGAAGGAGGACAUCAGGGAGUGGGGCGAAUAUACCAGCGGAUCAGGGAUCAUUUCUAUUGGAGAGGAUUAUACCGGAGCGUCCAGCGAUAUGUGGGAGAAUGCGUGGAUUGCGAAAUGGGAAAAGGAAAACCGGUGAUCCAGGGCGAGUCACCAGGGAACUUGCAGGCAACGUACCCGUUCCAGAUUAUUGCGAUGGAUCACAUACCGUCGCUACCCAGAUCUCAUAAGGGGAAUACAGAAUUGGUGAUCUGGGUCGAUCUGUUCACAGGAUACGUGAUCGCGAAAGCUAGCUCGUCCCGGUCGGCCCAGACGGUUGCGGAAUCGUACGAAGAGUGCGUAUUUUGGCGAUUCGGUGCCAGCGAGAUGAUCCGACAUGAUCGAGAACCCGGCUUCAUGUCUGAUUUCUUCCGGGCGUUUAACAAGAUCCUGGGACAGCGGCAGCGGGCGACGAUGGAUUAUCGUCCACAGGCUAACGGGACUGCUGAGAGAAUGGUGCAGACCGCGACCAGAGCGCUUAAGAUGUACGUCCGCGAUCUGGAUCAGAACGAUUGGGACGAAUAUGCCGAGCGCCUCGCCUUCGCGAUCAACACGGCUCACGAUCGGAUCCGGGGAGAUACUCCUCACUAUUUGGUACAUGGGUGGGAUCCGAGAUCGACAUUGGAGGCUACACUGCCGGUCGGAUGUACGAGACGGCGUGAUCGAGACGCGCGGCGGUGGCGAUAUCGAGUCCAACGAUACUAUCAGCAAUCCCGAGAACAAGUCAACGCUAGAUUGAAGGAAGAAGGAUACGCGCGGAAAUUGGCUCACCUGUGGCAUGGGCCAUUCCGGGUCGCCGAAAAGAUCAACGAAUUCAGCGUCAAGCUCGAGAUUGCAGGUACAGGAUACCAGAUCUUUCCAGUGGUACACGUGUCGAAGUUGAAAUUGGUCAAGGACUUUCCAGAUCGACCACGGGUGGAACUCACGGUUGAUGGGGAGAAUCGUCUCGAUUUUGACGAGAUCCUGCUUCCAGAGGACCGCUGGGUCCCAGAUCUGGGGCCCGAUGAGUAUGAAGUCGAGCGAAUUUCGGAUAUGCGGAGCGGGAAGAAGACACGAUUUGGUCGGGUCUAUCGGGAAUUCUUGGUUCAUUGGACAGGGUACGAUAAGCCAACCUGGGUCGACGAAGCCGAUCUUAAUUGCGGGGAAUAUUGA